AUCCAGCGUCCUUCUGAAAAUAAAUUGAGCCCCUUCAAUGUGUGACUGGGAUUCUCUGCAGCACAGAGCCCUGGGGGGAGGGGGCACCAGAGCUGGGACUGAUCUAUAAUGUUCCUCGGCUUUCUUUAAGAUGUUCCUGCUGCGCUAUAAGGGUGUCCAUGACCACUGGAUUGGCCUCCAGAAGGAGCAGGGGCAGCCCUGGAAAUGGACCAAUGGCACCGAAUUCAACCUCCUGUUUCGGAUAAGAGGAGGCAGUGACUGCGCGUAUCUGAAUGACAAGAAAGGGGUCAGCAGCUCACGGUGCUACAUGGAAAGACGGUGGAUCUGUAGCAAACCUGAGGUGUAUGUGAUGGGGAAAGGAACGCACUGGAAGGGAGCUCCAAAAUAAGCCUCCUAGAAAUAACAAGGAGUGCGGUGGCACCUUAAAGACUAACAGAUAAGCUAUCGUGGGUAUAAAACCCCACUUCAGAUGCACAGAAAUGACAUGGAUACAACUCUCACCUACUUGAAUGAGCCAUGUCCCCGUUCGUCAGAAUACCAUAUAUUUAAAUACUUUGGAUGUUUUCUACAUUUUCAAAUAUAUUGAUUUCAAUUACAACAUAGAAUAAAAGAAA